CCUUUCGGCGGAGAUUGGUGAGCGGCCAGCAAUGAAGAAUAAUAGAGCAGUUUACAUAAGGCAUAGAGCAAGUCUUGGCAAAGAGAGGAAAAAGCAGAGGCAAGUUCUGUAGAAGUCGGCUCUGUGAACAAACAAAGGCACUGCGCGGUGGAGGACAAUACUGUGUAGUUCUGAGGCAAGUUCUGCACUUCUGCUUAUGCUUUCAGCCUGAAUUUGAGGUCUGAUUUGAAAUUUCCCAGUCUUAUUUAAAGAAGAGAAGGGGUAGAGGUCAACGUUAUUUGAGAUUGGAAGAGAUGAAGAGAUAAUGUGAGUCUGAAAGAGAGAGUUGAGAGCAAAGAGGAUGAGGAGAGAAGAGGAGGAUUUUGUUGAACUCAAAAACAGAAGGAAACGGCAGCCAAUGUUUUUGAUCGAGCUCGAGAAAUUUGUGCAAGCAAAAUAAUGAUUCGAAGCAUUUUUACAGUUGUGCCCCAAUCCUUGGGUCUACCAUCUUUAGGAGCUACCUCUGAAUAUCAUUGCGUUCAACGAAUUGAAGCUUCAUAUCAUCUAUUAUAUCUUCUGAUAUAUAUAUAUAUAUAUAUAUAUAUAUAAAUUCUGCUUCAUGUCAAACAUUAUAGUUCCGAACAUUGCAAGUAAUUCUUGUUAAGAAGGUGUCAGAACAACAGCAAAGGGAAGAUAUGCAGCUAUGUAAAAUAGCUCCUAAGACUUUGAUCCCAAAUGAAGCGUGCCGCUUCCAAGAAAUUUGCUUGAGGGUUUUAUCUUUGUGCAAAUCAAACUCCAGAAAAGACGGAGUAUGUGUUCACAGCCCAAUAAUCAAACUGGGUCUUCAUUAUGACAUGUAUUUGAGCAACAAUUUGUUAAAUCUGUAUGGUAAAUGCUUUGGAGUUGAACACGCACGCCAUUUCUUUGAUGAAAUGCCUCAAAGAGAUGUCGUGUCAUGGACUUCCAUUCUGUCUGCUUAUGUCAAGAGUGGACAUCAUUAUGAAGCUCUUGAGAUUUUUGGGACAAUGCUGAAUUCUGGUCAAUUCCCUAAUGAGUUUACCUUGUCAAGUGCUCUAAGAUCUUGUUCUGCUUUGGGAGAGUUUGAAUAUGGUGCCCAAAUUCAUGCCUCUAUGGUAAAGCUUGGGUUAGAACUAAAUCCUUAUGUGAAAACCACACUGAUCAAUUUGUACACCCGCUGUGAUUAUUCUGUUGAAGCAUACAAAUUGCUCUCGUCAAUUGAGGAUGGUGAUGCUAUUUCUUGGACAACAAUGAUCUCAUCAUUAGCCGAAUCUCAGAAAUGGAGUGAAGCCUUACAACUUUACAUUCAAAUGAUUGAAGCAUCAGUUUAUCCAAAUGAAUUCACUUUUGUUAAACUCUUAGGUGCAUCUUGUUUUAUUGGUUUGAAUUAUGGAAAACUACUGCAUGCACAUACAUUCAUAUUUGGUAUUAAAAUGAAUGUAAUUUUGAAGACAGCGCUUGUCAAUAUGUAUUCAAAAUUUAGACAGAUCGAAGAUGCUAUUAAGGCAGCAAAACUAACACCUGAACAUGAUGUGUUCUUAUGGACUACUAUUGUCUCUGGCUUCGCCAAAAGUUUGCGGGUCAGAGAGGCUGUUAAUGCAUUUGUUGAUAUGGAAACAUGUGGAAUUCUCCCAAAUAAUUUUACAUUUGCUAGUUUACUGAAUGCUUGCUCAUCGGUUUUAUCACUUCAUUUGGGGGAACAGUUUCAUUCACAGAUAAUCAUGGCUGGGUUAGAGGAUGAUGUUUAUGUUGGAAAUGCACUGGUUGAUAUGUACUCGAAAUGCUCCCCCAUCACAAAAAAUGCCAUGAAAGCUUUCAGAGAGAUAAGCUCACCGAAUGUCAUAUCUUGGACGUCUUUGAUUGCUGGCAUUGCUGAACACGGUUAUGAAGAGGAUGCUUUUCACUUGUAUAUGGAGAUGCGAGCAGCAGGAGAGAUACCAAAUUCCAUUACAUUAUCUUGCAUCCUAAGGGCUUGCAGCAACAUAAAGUCAAUAGGUCAAACCAUGAAAUUCCAUGCGCAUAUUAUCAAAACAAAUGCAGACAAUGACAUAAUUGUAGGGAAUGCUCUUGUAAACACUUAUAGUGGACAGGGUAUGAUUGCUGAGGCGUGGAGUGUUAUUGGCUCAAUGAACUGUAGAGAUCCCGUUACGUACACAAGUUUAGUGGCAAGAAUAAAUCAGAGGCAGGAUCAUGCACUGGCAUUAAAUUUCAUUACUCACAUGUGCCAUGAUAAUAUUAAGAUUGAUGAAUUUAGCCUAGCAAGUUUUUUAUCAGCUGCAGCUAGCUUAGGCUCAAUGGAAACAGGAAAGCAGCUGCAUUGUUAUUCUGUCAAAUCAGGCUUAGAGAGCUAUAUCUCAGUUUCGAAUAGCUUGGUUCACUUGUACAGCAAGUGUGGUAAUAUACAUGAUGCAUAUAGAGCUUUUAUUAAAAUUAAUGAGCCAGCUGUUGUAUCAUGGAAUGCUAUAAUUUCAGGGCUGGCAUCAAAUGGACAUAUUUCUAAUGCUCUUUCUGCUUUUGACGACAUGAAGCUUGCAGGAGUUGAGCCUGAUUCUGUUACAUUCUCAUCACUGCUUUUUGCUUGCAGCCAUGGUGGUUUAUUUGAUCUGGGUCUUGCGUAUUUUCAAGCAAUGGAAAAAACAUACCAUAUAACACCAAAUUUGGAUAAUUAUGUUUGUUUAGUUGAUCUGCUUGGUAGGGCUGGUCGUCUAGAGGAAGCUAUGGGAGUUAUUGAAACAAUGCCUUUCCGAGCAGACUCUAUAAUAUACAAAGCUCUAUUGAAUGCCAGCAAGUUAUAUGGAAAUGUACCUCUGGGAGAAGAUAUGGCAAGGAGGUGUCUCCAGCUUGAUCCAUCCGAUCCUGCCAUUUACUUGCUCCUUGCAAACUUAUAUGAUAAUGCUGGAUAUACUGAUUUAGGUGACAAGACCCGCAGGCUGAUGAGAGAUAGAGGUUUGAGAAAAAGUUCAUCUCAAUGCUGGAUAGAGAUAAGUGGCAAGAUUUACCACUUCUCUGCUGGAGAGUCAUCAUACCGCCAGAUGGAUAAGAUUGAUGAAAGACUGAAGUUACUUGAAGCUGAAUUUAGGAAUCGAGGUUAUCCAUACAGAGAGUGCCGAGAUAAAUUUCAUCACCCAGAAAGAUUAGCAGUGGCUUUUGGUCUUCUUCGUGGACCUCCAAUGGCUCCAAUACGGAUAAACAAGAACUUGCACAUUUGCUCAGAUUGCCAUAACUUCAUAAUGUUUGUAACACUAGUAGUUGAUAGGGAUAUAAUUGUGAGAGAUGGGAACAAGAUUCAUUUAUUUCAGAAGGGUCAUUGUUCUUGCAGAGGUCAAUGGUAAAUUUCCAAAGGAGGAAUCUGGCAAUUUUGUCUGCAACAAAAAUGAGCCUAUGUAACGUUGCAAGAUGAAGGAUGGAGGAAAGGAGAUGAAGUAUGUCACACUGCUUCUGCUUGCCUAUGCUGUGAGAUGAUUUUUUGACUCUAUCUUUACUCUAUGCUUAUUUUCGAUCUAGAGUUAGACAUGCAUCCCGCAGUAUGUUGAUGAAAACCAUUUAGAUAAUAUGAAGAUUGAAGUCCAGAGAUUUCUAGUUAUU